AUGUCCCAGGCUGCUGCAGCGAUCAGCCACGGACAACCACAUAGCAACGGAUUGCUACCUAGAAGCCCAACUGUUGCUGCAACUGUGGGAGUGACCAACACAGAAAUUCUCUCAAUGGCUUCCCUCAAUCCCAUCGCCACCGCUCAUUCGUUCAAAGAUGAACAGCGGUCAGUCUACCUAGAACUCCAAGAUGGCCAAGUUUUCGAAGGCCUCAGCUUUGGUGCUGAGAAAAGCAUAUCCGGAGAAUUGGUCUUCCAAACUGGAAUGGUCGGAUAUCCAGAAUCCAUCACAGAUCCAUCAUAUCGAGGUCAGAUCUUAGUCAUCACCUUCCCCCUGGUUGGUAAUUAUGGCGUUCCAUCCCGAGAAACUCUCGAUGAAUUAUUGGGUGAUCUACCCAAGCACUUUGAGUCCGAUCAAAUCCACGUGGCAGGACUCGUGGUUGCCUCGUAUGCCGGGGAGAGCUACUCGCACCAUCUUGCGACAUCAUCCUUGGGAACUUGGUUGAAGGAACAAGGUGUGCCUGCCAUGUACGGAGUCGACACACGAGCUUUGACCAAGAUCAUCAGAGAGGAAGGCAGUAUGCUCGGAAGAAUGUUGCAUGCAAGCCAGACCCCACCCACAAAGCUCACCAAUGGUGUCAAGUCCAGCUCCACACCAAAUGGUGAUGUUGUAGCUGGACCGGUCAGCUGGCGUGAUCAGGUCGAUCAGGUCGACUGGCAUGACCAAAAUGAACGCAAUUUGGUUGCAGAGGUGUCAGUCAAGGCCCCCCGAAUUAUCGCUCCCCCAAAUGAAAGGGCUUUACUGCAUCCCUCCGGUCGACCAGUACGAGUUGUCGUCGUUGAUGUGGGACUGAAGUACAACCAGCUGCGAUGUCUUCUCUCCCGGGGUGUUGAAGUCAUGGUCGUUCCUUGGGAUUACAAUUUUCCGGAACUUGCUGGCAAAGAUUAUGAUGGGUUGUUCAUCUCCAAUGGCCCUGGUGAUCCGGCAAUGUUGACACAAACCGUCAAACACAUUGCCGAGGCAAUGAAGGAAGGAAGAACACCCAUCUUUGGAAUCUGUCUUGGUCAUCAAUUGCUUGCUCGCGCAGCAGGUGCCAGUACUCUCAAGAUGAAAUUUGGCAAUCGUGGUCACAAUAUUCCAUGCACCAAUCUACUGUCAGGCCGUUGCUACAUCACAUCCCAGAAUCAUGGCUUCGCAGUCGAUUCUAUGACACUUCCUGAUGGGUGGCAAGAACUCUUCGUAAAUGCCAACGACGGUAGCAACGAGGGUAUUCGACAUGUUGGGCGACCAUAUUUCAGUGUACAAUUCCAUCCAGAAUCUACCCCAGGUCCACGGGAUACUGAAAUCUUGUUUGACGUGUUCAUUGAUGCUAUCACCAAGAGCGUUGCUUCAGUAGAGGCAUUGCUCGAACCAGUCACAUUCCCUGGCGGCACGAUUGAAGAAAACGAUCAAGCCCACCCCCGGGUCAAGGUCAAGAAGGUGCUCGUACUUGGAAGUGGGGGCCUCAGUAUUGGCCAAGCUGGCGAGUUCGAUUACUCUGGUAGUCAAGCAAUCAAAGCCCUGAAACAGGAAGGUAUUUAUACCGUUUUGAUAAAUCCAAAUAUCGCCACCAUUCAGACAUCAAAAGGCCUAGCUGAUAAGGUCUACUUCCUACCUGUCAAUGCCGACUUUGUGCGUAAAGUCAUCCAGCACGAACGUCCAGAUGGAAUAUACUGCACAUUCGGCGGACAAACUGCUUUACAAGUUGGAAUCCAACUCAAGGACGAAUUUGAAUCCCUGGGAGUUCAGGUCUUGGGUACUCCAAUUGACACAAUCAUCACCACUGAAGAUCGUGAGCUAUUUGCCAGAAGUAUGGAAUCUAUUGGAGAAAAAUGUGCAAAGUCCGCCUCAGCAUCAAACAUUGAUGAGGCUAUGCGAGCAGUGGAAGACAUUGGUUUUCCCGUCAUUGUCAGAGCCGCCUAUGCUUUGGGUGGCCUUGGAAGUGGUUUUGCCGAAGAUACAGAUCAAUUACGAGAACUAUGUACAAAGGCUUUUGCAGCAAGUCCUCAAGUCCUCAUCGAAAGAAGCAUGAAAGGGUGGAAAGAAAUUGAAUACGAAGUCGUCCGAGACGCUCGCGACAAUUGCAUUACAGUCUGCAAUAUGGAGAACUUUGAUCCUCUUGGAAUUCAUACUGGUGAUUCUAUCGUGGUUGCGCCUUCGCAGACGUUAUCUGAUGAAGACUACAAUAUGUUGCGAACAACAGCCGUCAAUGUCAUUCGCCAUCUCGGUGUUGUGGGAGAGUGCAAUAUCCAAUAUGCUCUAAAUCCGUUCUCCAGAGAAUACUGCAUCAUCGAAGUCAAUGCCAGACUUUCGCGUUCGUCGGCUUUGGCUUCAAAAGCAACCGGAUACCCCUUGGCUUUCAUUGCUGCAAAACUCGGCUUGGGCAUUCCCUUGAAUGAGAUUUCAAACUCAGUCACCAAGAAGACUUGCGCCUGCUUCGAGCCUUCUCUCGAUUACGUCGUCGUCAAAAUUCCACGAUGGGAUCUCAAAAAAUUCACUCGAGUUUCCACCCAACUUGGCUCUUCGAUGAAGAGUGUGGGUGAAGUCAUGUCCAUCGGAAGAACUUUUGAGGAAGCUAUCCAAAAAGCAAUUCGCUCUGUAGACUUUCACAAUCUUGGUUUCUCAGACAUCUCCAACCCAUUGAUGUCUGUCGAUGAUGAGCUCCAAACCCCUUCGGACCAGAGGUUGUUUGCAAUUGCAAAUGCAAUGAACUCUGGCUAUUCUGUGGACAAGAUUUGGGAAAUGACCAAAAUCGACAAGUGGUUCUUGUCCCGUCUGAAAGGUCUCAGCGACUUUGCCAAAUUGAUAUCUAACUUCAAUGCAACGAGUGCACCCCCAUCUUUGAUCCGUGAAGCCAAACAACUUGGUUUCUCUGAUCGUCAACUCGCACGCUACCUCAAUUCGAACGAACUUGCGGUUCGCCGGCUCCGUGCAGAAGCAGGGAUUCAUCCAGUUGUGAAGCAAAUCGACACAGUGGCUGCAGAAUUUCCAGCAUACACGAAUUACCUGUAUUUGACAUACAAUGGCACAGAGAGCGACAUCACUUUCAAUGACAAGGGCGUCAUGGUUCUCGGAUCAGGUGUUUAUCGUAUCGGUUCUUCGGUCGAAUUCGACUGGUGUUCAGUCCGGGCCAUCAGAACAUUGCGAGAACAGGGCUACAAGACCGUCAUGUGCAACUAUAACCCAGAAACGGUUUCGACCGAUUACGACGAAGCCGAUAGAUUGUAUUUUGAAAACAUCAACCUCGAAACGGUUCUAGAUAUCUAUCAACUCGAGUCAGCAAGUGGUGUUAUCAUUUCCAUGGGCGGACAAACACCAAACAAUAUUGCCCUACCGCUUCACAGACUCAACGUUAAGAUCUUGGGAACCUCACCAGAGAUGAUUGACUCGGCUGAGAAUCGAUGGAAGUUCUCUCGUAUGCUCGAUCAAAUUGGUGUUGACCAGCCUUCAUGGAAGGAACUCACAAGCAUUGAGGAGGCACUGGAUUUCUGCAAGAAUGUAGGCUAUCCUGUGCUUGUUCGUCCUUCUUAUGUUUUGUCUGGAGCUGCGAUGAACACUGUAUACUCGAAAGAUGACUUGGCAAGUUAUCUCAACCAAGCUGUCGAGGUUUCGAGAGAACAUCCAGUGGUGAUCACCAAGUAUAUCGAGAACGCAAAAGAGAUCGAGAUGGAUGCUGUGGCCAAAAAUGGUGUCAUGGUGGGACACUUCAUCUCCGAGCAUGUCGAAAAUGCGGGUGUGCACUCUGGAGAUGCGACACUGAUCUGCCCUCCACAGGAUCUUGAACCCGAGACGAUUGCUAGAAUUGAGGAAGCUACACGAAAGAUUGGAAACGCCCUCAAUGUGACUGGACCAUACAACAUCCAAUUCAUCGCAAAAGACAAUGAGAUCAAGGUCAUCGAAUGUAACGUUCGUGCAUCUCGAUCAUUCCCUUUCGUAUCCAAAGUCAUGGGAUUGGAUUUGAUUGAAUUGGCGACCAAAGUCAUCAUGGACAAGCCAAUUGUUCCAUAUCCUCCAAUCGAUAUCCCUGUCGACUAUGUUGGUGUCAAGGCGCCACAGUUCUCUUUCUCACGCCUUUCUGGUGCCGAUCCAGUGCUUGGUGUUGAAAUGGCAUCUACUGGUGAGGUUGCCAGCUUCGGCCGUGACCGCUUUGAAGCCUACCUCAAGGCUACCAUCUCCACGGGUUUCAAAUUACCUGAAAAGAACAUCCUGCUGUCCGUUGGCUCUUUCAAGGAUAAGAUGGAGAUCCUUCCUUCAGUUCGCAAGCUGCAUCAACUUGGUUACAAUCUCUUCGCUACCGCCGGUACUGCUGAUUUCCUUGAGGAACAUGGUAUCAAAGCCAAAUUCUUAGAAGUCCUCGGAGCUGAUGAUAAAGAUCAAAAGUCGGAAUACUCUUUAACACAGCAUCUUGCCAACAAUAAGAUUGAUCUAUAUAUCAAUCUCCCAUCUAGCAACAGGUACAGACGUCCAGCCAAUUACAUGAGCAAGGGAUACCGAACAAGAAGAAUGGCUGUUGAUUAUCAAACACCUCUUAUCACUAACGUCAAGAUCGCAAAAAUUCUGAUCGAAGCCAUGGCCAGAAGCUAUGAUCUGAAAAUUCGGAAUAUUGAUUUCCAAACUAGUCACCGUACAGUCGUUCUACCCGGCCUCAUCAACAUCGCGGCUUUCGUACCUGGCGUCGCCGAGAAGGGUUCUCAUGAUUUUUCCCUCGUGAGCAAGGCUUCAGUUGCAGCAGGCUUUAGCAUGAUCAGAAUAAUGCCAGUGGGACUCAACAGCGCUGUCAUUGAUGCGAGGUCGUUGAAGGUGGCUCAGUCUAAUACUGAAUAUGGAGCGUACAGUGACUUCAACUUCUCGGUUGCAGCUACUGAUUCGAACUCGGAACAAAUUGUUCACGUCAAAGGAGAAGUGGGAUCCCUCUUCAUCCCCUUCAACCAUUUGUCAUCUGGUAAUAUCAACAAGGUCGCCACAGUGGGUUCACAUUUUGGUACUUGGCCAACAUACAAGCCCAUCAUGACUGAUGCUAGAACAACUGACUUGGCUUCAAUUCUCCUGCUAGCAAGCUUACAUGACCGAAAGGUUCACGUUAUGAAUGUUACAUCUAAAGAUGACAUCAGCCUUAUUGCCCUAUCUAAGGAGAAGGGAUUGAAGGUCACGUGCGACGUUUCAAUCUAUAGUUUGUUCCUGUCGCAAGUCGAUUACCCAGACUGUCUAGCAUUGCCUUCUAUCAAAGACCAAAAGGCUUUGUGGGAUCAUCUUGCCACUAUCGAUGUAUUUUCGAUUGGUAGUUUGCCAUAUCAAAUUGCUGGCGACAAGGCGGUUCCGACCGUUGGUAUUUUGGACGCUCUGCCUUUGCUUCUGACGGCUGUUUCCGAGGGCCGGAUGACCAUCGACGACGUCACCAAGCGCUUGCAUGACAAUCCCAAGGCAAUCUUUGAGCUACACGACCAGACUACAACAUCGGUUGAAAUUGACAUUGAUCGACCUUAUGUGCUUCAAGCUGGAGACGUAUGGUCACCAUUUGUUGGAAGAACACUACGAGGUGGUGUUUCUAGAGUUGUAUUUCAGGGUAAGACUGUCUGUCUUGAUGGAGAGAUUCUCCUCGACAGACCGAAUGGAACGGACAUGUCGUCUCACCUCAUUCACUCAAUUCAAUCUGAGGCUGUAACUUCGUCUCCCACAAUCCGUGCACAAGAAAGUGCGAUUGACAGACGCACAUCAGUUCUUGACACCGGCCUUUCGAGACGUCUUUCGAUCACAUCUCGAAGCCGACCAAUUACGCGUGCUCGCAAUAUGGAUGAGGUGCUUGAGUCCAGCAGUCCUUUGUUGCCGACUUCUGCGUUUCAACAACCACAAGCACCAUCUACUAUUUCGCCAUCCCUACUCUCAUUACUGGCUUCUUCACCCUUCAAGAAUCGUCACGUCUUGUCUGUCAAUCAAUAUACUCGCCAAGACUUGCACGUCUUAUUCACUGUGGCCCAAGAGAUGCGACUAGGUGUACAACGUCAAGGUAUCUUACCCAUCCUGUCCUCUCGAGUACUGUGUACCAUGUUCUUCGAACCUAGUACAAGGACUUCAGCAUCUUUCGACGCGGCAAUGCAACGACUAGGUGGCCGCACUAUUGCCAUCAACACAGAUCAUUCGAGCACGAAAAAGGGUGAGACCCUGCAAGAUACCAUCCGUACUCUCGGUUGUUAUGGUGAUGCUGUGGUUCUCCGUCAUCCUGAUAAUGAAUCGGCCGCGACCGCAGCUAAAUUUUCACCUGUACCAAUCAUCAAUGGUGGAAACGGAAGUCGUGAACAUCCAACUCAGGCAUUCUUGGACCUUUUCACGAUCAGAGAGGAGCUUGGAACCGUCAACGGCCUAACCGUAACAUUCACUGGCGAUCUUAAGUACGGCAGGACGGUGCAUUCAUUGGUCAAACUUCUCCAGUACUACGAGGUGCGUGUCAACCUAGUGUCACCGAAGGCGCUAGCAUUGCCAUCUGAGGUACGAGAUCAAUUAGUGGCUUCUGGAAUGUUGGGAGUUGAGUCAGAGACCCUCACUCCAGAAAUUGUCGCCAGGAGCGAUGUGCUCUACUGUACUCGCGUGCAGAAGGAACGAUUCCCAAGCUUGGAAGAAUAUGAGCGACUCAAAGACAGCCUUCUUGUCGACAACAGUGUCCUCAAACACGCGAAAUCAAGCAUGAUUGUGAUGCAUCCACUUCCUCGAAAUCGUGAAAUCAGCGAGGAGGUCGACUUUGAUCAACGAGCAGCAUACUUCAGACAAAUGCGUUAUGGUCUUUACACUCGAAUGGCUCUCCUUGCCUUGGUCUUGUCGCCAUAG